AUGUCAAAUCUCAAAAGGAUUCUAGUGAUGCUUCUGUUAAGCGAGGUCCUUGCAGAGCAAAUAGUGCAUUAUCAGCUGAUUUUCCUCAAUAAACUAAUUCAGAGAAUCGAAGGAGAGCAACCAAUCGAGAUCUUAGUAAUACUUCAGCACCACCAGGAUUCGAAAUGCAAACUAGAUGACUGGAAUUCUGGAAUACCUACCCUACGGAUGAAUGAAUCGACCAAGAUAGUUGUGAGGGAAAACUUCAACCGUUUCGCAUUGGCUCUGGUCUGCAUGGGCAAUGUCUUCAAGGUCGACCUCCUCCUCAACACAUUGGCAGCUGCCUAUGACAAUAUGCGUUAUUCGAGAAUAAUUCUGUGGACACAAGAAAAACUAACCAAGGAAUUCCUUGACAAUGUCGCCAAGCAGGCCAGUGAACAUAAAUUUGUUGAGUUGCUAUUGCUGGAGAUGGGAGAUGAGCCCAGUGGACCAAUAUCUGCUCACCGCCUGAAGCCAUUUCCUUAUUCACAUUUUCAAAAGAUUGAAGAAGUUUUGAGUCUCCAAGAAAAAAUAUUUUAUAAUAAAAUUAAUUUUCAUGGAUUGACUGCAACUGUAAAGACCUCGAAGAACAGUUUGCACGUGGGUGUCAAUAAACCAAAUAAAGUUGUAAUACCACCAGUAGAAAAUAUGGAAAUAUCUGAAUUUGCACGCCGCACCAACUUGAGUCUGAAAUACCUCUAUGGUAACCACCCGGAUACAGAAAACUUUGACAUAGAGUUAACGAUGCGAUUUAUAAGCAUAAAUAAUUCGGUCGCCCACUUGGGCUUUGUUAAUCCCCUCAGCUCAUCCUCCUUGAUCCUUAUUGUACCCUGCGCUCAGGAGAUGAGCUUGACGGAAAUUUUCCAGCAAUUGGAUGUGAAGACGUGGUUGCUCUACAUAUUUUACCUAUACAGCACUCUCGUACUGGUCGAGACUUUCAUACAAGUGGUAAUCUGUCGGAUAAGGGAGCAACCCCACGGUCUAACCAGGCUGGAUCCUUUCGUAAACCUCAGGGCCUUCCGAGCCCUACUUGGCAUGUCGUUCCCCAUCAGUCGAAGGGCUAGCCUCUCUCUGCGUCAGCUCUUUGUUGCCAUGAGCAUCUUCGGAAUGGUCUUCAGCAGCUUCUUCAGCUGCAAGCUGAGCGCCCUCCUCACCAAGCAUCCUUAUAAAGGUCAGGUGACCAACUUGGAGGAGUUACGGGACAGUGGACUGACCGUGAUCAUGGACCCGAGAGUGCGCUCCUUCAUCGAGAGUGAAGUGGAUGCGGACUUUUUUCAGCGGGUAAUACCUUUGUCAAAGUCUGUUGAAGAUAUGGAAAGGCUCAGGAUGAUAUUGUCACUGAACAACAGCUACGCGUAUAUUAUAUUUCAGGAAAAUGUCCAAUAUCUAAAAUUUCCUCAGUUCGCAAUGACCUUCUGUACGUCCAAGGAGUUAGGCAUUAUUAAUAAUCUGCCCAGGGUGUACUACCUGCAGAAGGAUUCUGUCUUCAGGUGGCCACUUUCCCAAUUUGUAGUGUGGAUGCAGGAGGCUGGUAUUACCGAAAAAUGGAAGGAAAUAACGUUUAAAAAAGCAUGGCAGGUUUUUAAAUUGCCGCGGUCCGAAGAUGCCGAGCAGAAAGUAAGACCCUUAAGUUACGAGCACCUCAAGUGGCUGGGUUACCUUCUUAUCCUUGGCUACGGUGCAGCUACAUUCGUUUUUAUCGUCGAGGUGUUUUUGGGAAGAAAUAGAGCAACAUAUAGAGGACGUGUUAUAGAGGUGUAA